GUGGCUGAGUCCACACAGUCAAAGGCUUGUGAGACGCUGGUGGAUGCUGGACGCUGCCGCUGCAGCUCCUCCCUCCACCGCUGCGGCUCUCUCUACCGCUGCUGCUGCUGCUGGCGCUUCCCAGUGGCUGCAGAGCAUGGGCUGUUAAAUCUUGCACUUCUUCUGUGUGAGCUGAAUUCUUGCUGCCAGGAUGGGGAAACAGAACAGCAAGCUGCGCCCGGAGGUCAUGCAGGAUUUGCUGGAAAGCACAGACUUUACAGAGCACGAGAUCCAGGAAUGGUAUAAAGGCUUCUUGAGAGACUGCCCCAGUGGACAUUUGUCAAUGGAGGAGUUUAAGAAAAUUUAUGGGAACUUUUUCCCUUAUGGGGAUGCUUCCAAAUUUGCAGAGCACGUCUUCCGCACCUUUGAUGCCAAUGGAGAUGGGACAAUAGACUUUAGAGAAUUCAUCAUAGCCCUGAGCGUAACAUCCAGAGGGAAACUGGAGCAGAAGCUGAAAUGGGCCUUCAGCAUGUAUGACCUGGACGGAAAUGGCUACAUCAGCAAGGCAGAAAUGCUCGAGAUUGUCCAGGCAAUCUAUAAGAUGGUUUCUUCUGUAAUGAAAAUGCCGGAAGAUGAGUCGACACCAGAGAAAAGGACAGAAAAAAUCUUCCGCCAGAUGGACACCAAUAGAGAUGGAAAACUCUCCCUGGAAGAGUUCAUCCGAGGAGCCAAAAGUGACCCGUCCAUAGUGCGCCUCCUGCAGUGCGACCCCAGCAGCGCGGGCCAGUUCUGAGCCGCGUCCCCACGAACCACAGAGCUGCUUGGGUUCCCUUUUUAUUUUUCCUUUUAGCGAUUUUUUUUUUUCUUUUUUUGGCCAAACAAUUUUGAGGGUGAUGCUGCCCCCCGUGCAGCCAGGCUCGCCAUCCUCCAUGACGCCUUCAGCUUCUGUUGUCGUGGAUGCUUCGUGGGAAUGCCCAGUGCUCCGACGCGCUUGUGGACAGUGCUGUCGUACGCAGACUUUGUGGUGUUCAUUGUUCUGACAACUUUUAAUUGUUAUUUUUUUUUUCUUUUAAUUCUAAUGUCUCUGUUCUAUAACCUAAAACUCGGGAAGGCGAUAGAAGGGAGCAAAUCCAACCCAGUGGUCCUACUGCAAGCUUCGAGGAAGCUUGAGAGACAGACACUCCCCACCUGGGUCUCUUGUCACAGAUCUCUGGGGUGAUGGCCCCAGAGGCUGGAUUCCCUAGAAUAAAUCAUUCUCUGGGGCAAGGCUAUUAAAGAGACCUGGGGAACUCCCCAGGUCUCCAUCCCCUGCACCUGCAGGCUGAAGUUUCUAAGCUGUGAACAUUUUAAGGUAAAUAGAGGAGAGGAAAAAGAUAGCUCAGCUAUUUUUUCACAGGUUUACACUGGUUGAGCGUCUUUGGAAAUUAAACACAAAUGUUAACUUAUAUUCCAAAACCAGACCCAUCUUGUUGACUAUUGUGAUUAAAAGCAAAAACAAAAACAAAUUACUAUUGUAUAUAAAAUACAGACAAAAUUAAGUGUUUUGCCUUGUUUAAAUGAAAUGCAUGUUUAGUGAGUACUAAUACAAUCUUAUUCCAGAAGACUGUUUUUAGUAGCUUAUUGUGAAGUAAGCCAACUCUAAUGAAUGUCUGUGUUUUGUUUUAAAGUCCUGUCUUUCUUUGCACAAAUGUAUCAAUCAACAGGUAUAUUUUAUAUAUUCCAGAAAUGUAAAAAGUAACCAUGACUGGGACCCCAACCUUGAUUUUGACUAGUUUUCCAGUGUAGCAGUACCUGAAGAACAGAAGCAGGGCAGCUUCAAGUGGGAUGUGUCAACUGGAGCACCAGAAGGUUAACAUUUUUGAGAGGGGUGAGGCUGAUGGCCUGCCCGCCCAGCUCAUGAGCUCACUGGCAGCAUGAGAUUGGAGACCUGGAGCUUUUCUGAGCACAUCAAUAUUCUGCAGACCUGAAAAAAAUAGUAUAAAUUCUUAAGACUUCCUAAUGGUUUAACCUACAUGCAUGGUUGGGGAAUAUUUGGAAUGUUCACUUUUCCAUGCCCCCAGUGGCCCUUCAAAGAGUUGGAGGUCAAGAAGUCAUCUGAUUUAUCAUAAAGAAGGCACGGGCAAGUACAUCUGUGGCUUCCAAGGCCCACCAUGCGAUAGCCAAAGGUAUUCCCAUCAUUAUGUUCUCUGAAAGUAAAUUUCUAUUUUCAGAAGUGACAGCACAAGUUGAGUUGCUAAGUGGUCUGAUGACCUCAUACACAUUAAUUUGAAUUGAAGGGUAACAAUCAAAAUUGCUGGUCACAGGCAGGCAUUUGGCUUGGGGAGGCCCAAACACUAAACAAUGUAGAUGGGGGAACCUGCACAAGAGAAAGAAAAGAGGUCCCUUGGGGGACCUCCCAGCUGCCAAUGUCAAAAACAUAAGAAAAAUGAUGCCGAGACCAUUCUUGGGUAUUCCUUGAGUCCAUUCUAAAUGUUAACAAAAAUCCAAAUUUGUAUCGUUGACUAAAAUGAACCAUCUCUGCAGGGUAACGUUUUGAGACCUGGACUCAGUGUCAGUUCUUCAUAGUUCUAUACCAAAUUCCUCCAUGGGCCAAGUGGUAAAAUCCAUUUUUGAAAAAGAGGGAAUUAACAUAAGACAGGGAGUAGGUUCCAGUAGGUUCCAGAAGUUAUAGCCCACUUUUUUCCACUCUCAAUUGAAGACCUAAUUCUUUCCCUCGGAUGGGUGGAAUCAGUUAAUGUUAAGAAAAGCCCGCUCGGGCUCUACCCUCGGUCAUGACAUCUCAUCCAGGCUCUCUCUGUCCCCUGGAACCUGGAGCAGAGAAGGUUGUCUCCAGCUAUUCAGGAAAGAAAACAGAGCCAGAGGCCUGGAUAAUGAAUGCUGGCACUCCCCAGCAUGUACCGAGACAGUCCUCGUCCUGGCCUGCCAUUGACCCUGUGUUUUCUUGAGCGUUGUUUUUCUCCUCCUUCCCAGGAAAGCCUUUGUAUGUCAUUAAUCCUACGCAUUCAAGUUUGUCCAAGGGACUCCACAGCACCCAGAAGGCUGAAAUGCCUAAAGGUUUACAUCAUUCCUGUGUGAGGCUGAUUGUCAUGGCUGUGUUCAGGGGCCUCUGGCAGUGGAGUCUGUUCUGCCCCAAAUAAAGCCAGCCUGUGAUGUUCAAGGGACUGGAAUAAAGUGGCUACAACCCAAAGGACUGUACAGUGGGCACGGCUUUUCACACACUUGUUUGGGCCAGGGGCAGGGUGCUGAGGGUGCUGUCCCAUCAGUGUGCCCAGGAGUGAUGUUUCCAUGAGUGGAUUUAAAAAUAUAUAUUUAUAAAUCACAUCACAUGGAGUGGUCCUUGUAUCGGUCAAUUUCGUGUUGCUCUUGCCUGGCAUUAAAGCAUGUUUAUAGUUUAA